GCUGCUGUGAUGAGCAUGGGCGUCCUCAGCUGGCUGGCAGCCUGUGUGCUGUGCGCGGCCGUCCGCGGAGAGAACUGCGAGCCCUCCCGCUCGACCCCUCAGUUUGGCUCCAUCUACCAUGUCAAAGGAGUCAUCAACCUGCCCUACGCCGAGAUCGAGGAGCCCUUCGAGGCCUGGUACAACCUGACGGGAAACAAGAGCCGCAUCCAGUACUAUGGGGGGCAGGUCAUCACCUACCAGCUGGGCUCCGUGAAGCCCUAUGGGAUGCGCUACAAGAUCACGCCGGAGACCACGGAGAAGGAGGUGAACACGAGGAGGUGCUUCCAGCUGCCCGGCUCCGAGGAGGACGUGGUCGAGGCUCAGAGCGUCCUGCCCAGCCUGGCCGGCUUCAAGUUCGUGCGGGAGGAGUAUCACCGGGGCCGCUACUGCGCCGUGUGGCAGAACGUGACGCGCUGGGCACAGAAGAAGAACGUGUACACGCUGUGGGUGACCAACGCGAGCUGCGGCGUGGCGCCCGUGCACUACGAGAUGCGCGGCUACAACAGCCUGCUGGGCUCCCACUACGACAAGUACGAGAUCUCCUACGGGCACUUCGACAACAGCUUCCCCGCCUCCGUUUUCGACCUCCCCGUGAAUGAGACGAAGCGCUGUGGGGAUCUCCCGGGCAGCGCGGUGGAGCACCGCGUCCUGGCGAACCCCAUGGAGGACCUGGUGGGGCGGCAGCCGCCCUGGGCCCACCGCGUCUUCCACCACUACCGGCAGCGCCUGGGCUGGCGCUACGGCUCGGCGCGCGAGCUGCAGCACCGCGAGCGCGUCUUCGUGCACAACAUGAGGUUCGUGCACUCCCGGAACCGCGCGGCGCUCUCCUACACGCUGGCGCUCAACCACCUGGCCGACCGCACGGGCGCGGAGCUGGCGCUGCUGCGGGGCCGGCGCCGGGGCCGCGUGCCCAACGGCGGGGAGCCCUUCCCGGCCGCGCGCUACGCCGGCCUCAUCCUGCCCGAGAGCCUCGACUGGCGCAUGUACGGCGCUGUGACACCCGUGAAGGACCAGGCCGUGUGCGGGUCCUGCUGGAGCUUCGCCACCACGGGUGCCAUGGAGGGUGCCCUCUUCCUCAAGACCGGCGUGCUGACCCCGCUGUCCCAGCAAGUGCUCAUCGACUGCUCCUGGGGCUUCGGCAACUUCGCGUGCGACGGCGGCGAGGAGUGGCGCGCCUACGAGUGGAUCAAGAAGCACGGCGGCAUCGCCAGCACCGAGUCCUACGGCAGCUACAAGGGGCAGAACGGCCUGUGCCACUACAACCAGUCUGAGCUGCUGGGCAAGAUCACGGGCUACGUGAACGUCACCUCGGGCAACGUGACGGCCGUCAAGACGGCGCUCUACAAGCACGGGCCCGUGGCCGUCAGCAUCGACGCCUCGCACAAGUCCUUCUCCUUCUACUCCAACGGCGUCUACUACGAGCCCAAGUGCGCGAACACGACGGGCGCGCUGGACCACGCCGUGCUGGCCGUGGGCUACGGGGUGCUCCAGGGAGAGACCUACUGGCUCGUCAAGAACUCCUGGUCCACAUACUGGGGCAACGACGGCUACAUCCUCAUGGCCAUGAGGGACAACAACUGCGGCGUGGCCACCGAGGCCACCUACCCCGUCCUGGCCUGA